AUGGCCGCGAGACGCCGACCAAGUAUGCGGACCAGGAUGAAGGCCGAGGACGUGUCCUGCUGGGUUGAACACAAUCAGCAACAGCAGCCACGUUCUCCAAGAGAUGAACAACACCGAGUCCAGUUUGUGACUCCAGCAACACCAACUCGUGCCGCCCCAGAUGAGGAUUCUGAAGAUGAACUGAAGGAAAAUCCAAUCCCAACUGAUGGUGGAUUCGGAUGGUUCGUGGUCUUUGCGAGCUUUCUCAUGCACGUCGUGUGCGACGGAGCAUCGUUCUGUUUUGGAAUCGUUCUUGUCAUGAUUCAACGAAAUUAUAAUGCUGGACGUGUCGCUUCAAUGUUCACCGCAUCCCUCUUUCUCUCCCUUCCGCUUUUGUUGGCUCCAAUCGCCGGAUUUACUAGUGACCGUCUUGGAUGUAGAAUGGCAAUCAUUAUUGGAGGAUCUAUCUGCACCGUGUCGUGUGUUCUGUCGAUGUUUUGCCCGAAUAUGUGGUUAUUCACUCCGAUUUUCGGUUUUGGAUGUGGUCUCGGAAUGGCAUUUAUUUAUAAUGCCGCGAUUGUUAUAGUCACUUACUACUUCUCUGCGAAACGAGGAACCGCGACAUCGUUAGCUGUGGCUGGAACAGGAGGUGGAACUUUUGUUUUUCCGGGAUUGUUGACCUUGUCCGUCUAUUCACUCACACUUGUCUUCACCGAUCUUCAAUCUGCUCUCACCUGCUUUGCCGUUGCCUACUCAAUUGUUGUCGUACUUGGACUUCUCAUCAGAGAUGUUGAAUGGGAAUCAGAUACCUGUGACUUCAAACUCAAGAAAUUCGAUCAAAACGUCAGAACACUCCUAGAAGACCAAGAGAGUAGUGCGAAAAUUGUCAAGGAUACACUGCUACGUCGUGCCAACUCAUUGCCAAACCUCAAUGCCAUUCGUGUUGACGUUGGAUCAAUUCAAUCCGUAUGUGAAGCUGGAAGAGUUGAAGGAACUGCGGAAAUGCCAACUCGUUCAAAAUCGAUGGCUCUGUUUGAAAACAAAAACCAGCUCCCGGUCAUCCAGGAAUACUCCAUGCUCAAUAGUAAUUUGGCUAAUCUCGAGCACCUUGAUUUGGAACUUGCCAACUCACCAUGUACCACUGUGAGAGCUCAACGUCGUCGUGUCAUCAGCAAAGUCUCAAUGAGUGUUGACCAAAUCAACGAGAUGGAUGAUGAAGACUUCAAAGUUAACUUCUUCGACAGUUCUUCCGGUUCAGCAGAAACCGAAUCCAGCUCUGAUGACUCUGAAAUGAGCAACGACGGAGAUUCUUCAAGCUCGGAGCUCUCGGAAAAGCAAAUCGAUGAACCAGUUGCCCAGCUUAUCAAUCGCAAUCUUACGUCAGUCGUCACCCGUGCAGCAUCCUCUGCUCCAACAUCUGCUCGACUUGUCAGAAGUUCACUUGCCCCAGGAAGUAGCAACGUCUCCGGAGGGCGUGUUCUCGCCAGCAAUGCCAUUCAAUCUCGCUUCACCUCUAAUCUUCUGACCAUGGGAAAAAUUCCAUCGGCUCCAAUGCUAGUGGCGCGGAAGAAGCGAAAGAUUCUAUCAAGAACCCAAAAGUCAAUCAGUAGAAGAAUUGCCGAAGAGAAGGUCUGCUAUAAGAUCAUCCUGAGAUCUUAUCCAUUCAGAUACAUUGCUUUAUCGGUGUUCUGCCUCUACUUCAUCUUGGACGUUCCCUAUGUCUGCGUCUACGACUACGGUAUUGAACAUUUGGGGCUCUCUGAAACAACAUCAAAGUCGAUCUACUCUGCCAUAGGAUUUUGUAACUGUCUCUCAACCAUAGUUUUUGGAAAAUUUGCCGACCACCCACUCACGAAAGACAAAAUUCAUUGGAUCUACGUCUUCUCGAUGGUUGUCGUUUCCAUUACUCUUUUUGCUGCCACCUUCGUCACCACUGCUACUGAAAUCAUUGUCAGUGGAGGUCUAUUUGGUGUCUUCAUCACAUCCAACUAUGUGCUCCAGUCGUUGAUCAUCGCUAACUGUUUCAAUGGGCUUUCGAUUUUCCAAAGUGCCUAUUCAAUGAUUAGCAUGCUUGAAGGCGUCGCUUCUUUCAUCGGACCACCAAUUUUUGCCCAACUGAGAGAAAUGACCGGCAGCUAUUCCGUUGUGUUUUUUACUGGUGGAAUUUUCAGUCUUCUUUCCGGAUUCUUCCUUUACCUCUCGGCCCGCGAAAUGCAGAAAGAAGAUGACGAGAUUGCCAGAAUUGCAGCAGAGCGGACAAGUUCUUCGGCUGAAGAAGUGCCAAACGGAACAACAACCCGCGCUAAUGGAGAAGGCACCGGAACCGAAACCGAAACUCUUCUAGAUGUCUAA